UACCAUGAUAGCCGUCGGCCUGACAAUAGCUGCCGCUGGAUAUGCAGGUCGUUAUGCAUUAAAGGCAAUGAAGCAAAUGGAACCACAAGUGAAGCAAGCGCUUCAGUCUCUGCCAAAAUCUGCCUUCGGUGGUUAUUACAGAGGAGGAUUUGAAUCCAAAAUGACCAAGAGGGAAGCUGCUUUAAUAUUAGGAGUCAGCAGUCCAACAGCUAAUAAAGGAAAAAUCAGAGAAGCUCACAGACGAAUCAUGCUUUUGAAUCACCCUGAUAAAGGUAAAUGAGAGAAGGAAUGGAUUUGGUUUGACACGGACUAAUUGACGCUGUUCCCUUUGUCCAUCUAGCAUGUCCUGUUAGAGGACUGUACCAUCUGUUUUGUACAUUCUGGGGAAUAAAAGAAGUGUCGGAGCCAUCCUGGCCUCCUCAAUUGUAGGAGCCACCAGAGAAUGUGCACGCCCAGCCAUCUUACCUAUUUGCA